UUGACGGCGAGCGGUUCGUGGGAAAGAUGAAUAAAACGCGCAGGAUACUCGCAACGAUCCUUAUCCUUACCCUAUGUAUAAAAAAAAGUAGUGCCAACGGCGGAGAUAUACCGCUGCGAUGCGACGAGUACGAUUCCAUGGGAUUUAUGGAUGUGAACGAGGCCUUUUGCACGGUCACCGGCUUCACGGUCACCCACAGUCAGAAUAUUGUGUUCAAACACAUACCGCCCGGCAACAUGGUCAAGUUCAUGAAGUUCUACGAGUCGACGCUGCUCUACAUGCCCUUCCAUCUCUUCGAGACGUUUCCCUAUCUCAAGACCCUGGACGUCUCGAAUACGAAUAUCUUGGAGCUGACCAGGAAUGCCUUCAGUGCGGCCAGCAAUCUGACCUAUCUGAAUCUGGCCUACAACAACCUGACCGGCAUCCAGACAUCUGUUUUCAAUGGAGCCAAUGUGCUCAUGCGUUUGGAUCUGUCUUAUAAUGAGAUAUCCUCGCUGAGUGUGAAUGCCUUUUGUGGCCUGCAGACCAUUAGCCAGAUUUUUCUGACGGGCAAUCUGUUGAAGGAGCUGCACAGUGACAUUUUCAAGGAUAAUGAGUACUUGGAGAAGGUGUCCUUCGAGGGAAACCUGCUGACCAGCAUUCAACCGGAGGUUUUCCGCAAUAUGAGACGUAUCAAGGAGGUGAACCUCUCCAAUAAUCGCUUGGUUUUCAUCCAUCCGGAUACUUUUGCCGAUGCUGCCAGUCUGGAGAAUCUGGUCUUGUCCUACAACGAGCUGAACAACUUCCAACUGACGGAGAAGAACAUUGUGCAUCAACUCCACCUGGAUAACAAUAAACUGACAAAUUUAACCAUCAAUGCCACGCGAUUUGUUCGCGCCAGUCACAAUGAAAUUUCGCAGCUCUUUUUGCACCAAAGUUUGCACAUCGAAACAUUGGAUUUGAGUGCCAAUAAACUGACCAGCAUAUCGAACAUCACAAAUAUAACCUUUUUGCUUUACUUGGAUGUCUCGGACAAUCCCAUAGGCCAGCUAAACAUCAGCACUUUCUCGCAACUCAACCGACUCAGGGGACUGAAUCUGCGAGGAACUGGUAUACGAGAGCUCAAAUUUGGGAUGUUUUCGAAGCAGAAGUUCUUGGAGGAGCUGGAUCUGUCGUUCAACAACCUGACCAGCCUCAAUCUGGACGUGUUUGUGCCGUAUCUGACCAAUCUGAAGAAGUUUCUGAUAGACGGCAAUGGGUUGACUGAGCUGCAGGGCAAUCGAUCGUUCUCGGACGCCUUUCCCCAACUUAUGAAACUGGGAGUUUCCAGAAAUCGCUUCAACUGCUCCUAUCUGCACCACCUGCUCAUUCCGCCCUCGCUGCCCGAGUCCGUGGUGCUGAACAUCGAACCGGACUCCAGUCUGGAGGAGACCCCGCACAUCCGAGACGUUUCCUGCAUCAGCCGAUCCCAGCUGGACGUGAAUAUCUCUUUCAUCGCCGAGGAGUCCCGCCUCGAAUCGCAGAUCCGUAUCCUGUCGAAGCAGCUGGAGAUAGUAUCCUCGCACUCGGAGAAUCUGGGUGUUCAUCUGGUUUUUAUGCAGACCUUCGCCUAUGUUUUGGGCGGUCUAGUUCUAGUAAGUCUGGUGGCCCUGAUAACCCUCCGGUAUCUGAAGAAUCGGCGAUCCGGUCGAUACGACCGAAGCAGCAUUGUCUUCCGCUCGAAUGCCACAAUGGAAGCUAAUCUCACCCUGGAAAGUGCAGAUUCUCAGUAGACCCCGGAUGACUCAAACGAUUUUUUUCUAUUCUAACAAAGUUAAAUUUAUAAUUUUGUAAAACUAUUCAAUAUCUUAAAUAUAUUGCAAAAAACCAAGACUUUCCUAAAAAUAUAUAAGUGUAAACAUAGAAAAAAAUGUUAAGAAAUGUAUCUUAGGUUGUACAUUUAAUUCCUGCUUAAAACCAAAAAUAGUAAAGUAAAACAGGUAAAGUUAAGUGUUUACUUCCAAAGAUCUUUAAAUAAACGUUACUCGUUUGUUUCAUUUAAAUCCUGAA